AUGGUAAAGUUCUAUCUUAAAGCCAAAGGUUAUCUUGAACACCUUAAUAACGUCCAACCACUCGACAACGCAGAAUCUCCCUACGAGUACAUUUUCAUCAUCGAAUGUACCAAAUGUAGAGAGGAGCACAACAAACCGGUUUCAAUCAAUCGGUUCGAGCAGCAUGAAAUCUCCGGUUCGCGAGGGGAGGCCAGCUUUGUGUUCAGAUGUAAAGCAUGUAAAAGCGAACAUUCGGCACUGAUUCUACGCACCGCCGAGAAAAUCACCGCUGACAACAAUGGUGAGUGGGCGCGGAUCCUCGAGAUCGAUGCUCGUGGCAUUGAUUUCAAGCGCUUUGUGCCUGAGGGCCGCUGGGAAGGUUCUGGUUUAGAAACAGAUACCAAAUUCGACGAGAUUGAUCUCGAAGAGGGCGAAUGGUUUGAUUAUGACGAGAAGGCCAAGGAAAUGGCUGGAAUCACUGAGGUGGAGUUCGACAUUGCUCGUCUGUAG